AUUUCGUUGCGAAGGAGACAGGCUGGCGUGUGCGAGUGGCGGUGCGCGGUGCGCGAGGCGGCGGGACAUGGGCUCCGUGGCGACGCGGACUGUGCCCUGCACGGAGGGGAUCUCGCUUGCGCGGGUAUCUUGCGGCAUGGCUCAGAUCUCCCAGAUGGAUUGACGGACUCUGCGUGAAUUCUGGGGACUAGUAGGCGCUGUAGGGGCCGUAUAGUGAGGUAUGGAGGUGGAGCCUCGGGGAGAGACACGGGCGCCUAAUAUGGCACCACUCAGAACUGCAAAGUCUCGCGCCGCCGCCGUCCUUCCUCCACCGCAACCGUCCUUCUGCGUCCGAUUUGCUCUGUGUACCUCUCUCAGCGACGUGAUACCCUCCUCGUUCCCUCGACAUGGAAUCCGCCAUCACCUCCGCAGUCGUUCGCCUUCAUGGCGCGUUUCCUACCACGGACUUUACGUAUCUGUCUUGGGAGUGCCUCCCACACGCGUGGGAGUUCGAGGUGAGCGGGACUUCGCCGACCCGGUAGCACUGCCGGGACUAAGUCCGCCGCCGCCUGCAAGGAGUAGUUCGUCCGCAUCUAUCGAGCGUGGUCCGGAGAUGGGGGCAUUCGCUACGCGGGCGCCCCGUGUAGCGGCUGUGGGAGGGCGCGCGCUGUUUUUUGCCGGUUAGCCUGAGUGCACGGGAAAGGGGCGGUUGAAGAGCUCCAUGAAUGAGUCUGUUGUGUUUAAGACAGCUGUCGAUGCUGGUACACUGUUGAAACGCGUCUGAGAGCCUCGCAGUCCAACACCCUCCCGGAAUGAGCUCCCGCGCGGACGGUAACGCGUGCACGAGAGGCACAGAAGAGUUCUGGUCCCUGCAGCGACCGUGGCUGACUCCUGAGCGCGGUCGAGCGGGAUGGACGCCUAUUCAUACGCAGCCUGACUCGGACGUCGAGGAGUCGGAAGUCGACGCGUCGCGGUUCUGCUCUGCUCUAUGGCGCACUUUGCCGGCGAUUUCACUGCCCUUUUGCUAGCUGCCGUCGUGACUCCCUCUCCCGACGUCAGCGCCGAGCGCACUAUUCUGGCUCGUUCCUGCUUAGUCGCCAGGUCCAACGCGAGCGCGCCACAUGGAAACGCGCGCUCGGAACGCAGACUGCUUCAGGGACUCCUCCCCGCCAUCCGAGAGCACCUCCGAUAAGAAAGGGUACACUGGCUUUGAGGGAGUCACCUUGCCACCUUGAAUGGCUGGAGUGCACACGCAAGGCGAUUUCGCUCUUCCAGAUGUCCGCGGGCGCCUCUUGAGACGUCGCAGCGAAACUUCAAAGUCCCGCGCCACCGUCUGGCAACGUCCUGCUCGGCCGCAGUACACGAUAUAUAUACGGGAGCCCUCUAACGUUGCAAGAGGGGCCGGCAAGUGAGUUAGAAUAUCGUCAUCCGCCCGCGCGGCCAGUAAUGCCAACUUUGCCAUCACGCGCAAUUGCAUAGCUGCCGCAGGUACGUCUCAGACGCGAACGCGCCGUGCUCGUGCCCAUCGCGGGCG